AUGGGGUUGGAGCGGUUUAGCGUGUCCAGAUUCAUCGGUAGGGGAUGUUACUCGAUGGUUUAUGAAGUAAUUUCUGCAAAUGAGGGUGACAAGGGCAAGUCAUACGCACUUAAAAGAAUCUUCCUCCAGAAUCCAUCAGCUGUAAUUUGUGCUAUUCGGGAGCACCAUAUCCUCGUGCGCCUUGCCCUUGAAGAUCAUCAGUCGCCAUUUCUGCCUACUCUAUUCUACAGUUUUCGGAUUCAUGGAUCUCCCAUCUUGGUACUUCGCAGGGGAAGCGGCUACGAUCUAUUCGACCUCAUGUCCAAGUAUGGCUGUCUCAGUGAAGUUGAUGCUCGAUUUUAUGCCUCAGAAAUUGUCUGCGGACUAGAACAUCUUCACGCCAUGCAGAUCGUUCAUCUAGAUCUUAAGCCAGAAAAUGUUCUUCUCUCUCACUCGGGUCAUGUACUUAUUACGGAUUUUGAUCGUUCGUAUGAUGCCACGCGAAAACAAGAACCACCAAAUCACGACGACUUUUGCGGUACCCCUCUUUUUAUGGCACCGGAAAUCGCGAAAGGUAUAGAAAUCACAACCAAGGCUGAUGUAUGGAGUCUAGCCAUUUUAAUGGCUGACAUUGUAUCUGGUGUCAAGCGGGUGAGAGCAGAUCGAUGGAAGAUAAGAAAUUUCCGAAAUCUCUCAAAGCCUCUUCAGUCUUUCUUCAACGCUUGUUUAAAAACUAAUCACAAGGAGCGUCCGGACAUUUCUGGUGUCAAAAGUCUGCGAUUUUACAAGCAUGUGAAUUGGGAUGAGGUAUGUUCUUGCAGUAUUAAGCCGCCCUUUGAUCCUUCCGAGUUGGGGAGUUCUGUCUCUCAUAAUAAGUGCAAUAUUGACCCAGAUGACUCUUUGCUCCUGGAAUCCGCUUAUGGCAAAUGUAUGCCCUCCAUGAAGAAGGGUUUUCGAUUCAUCCUUGAUGCUGAAGGUGUACGUCAUUUGGCCACCAGCCCUCCAAACAUUAGAGCACUGGAAGAGGCCGGUUUGACAUUUGAAAAAAUUGAAGAGCUCUUUGCUGAUUUUGACUUUCUCAAUCCUGUGCUGCGCUUAGAUGGCGCUGUGGAUGUGUCGCAAGCCGCCAUUGAUGCUGGAAGGCUGUUCCUUGAUGUUGAAGAAAUUGAAGCUCAUAAGCCUUCUGAACCCAUUGCAAGGCGUUCCCGCUUUUUUUCUGUCGGUGAUUGA